AUGCCGAAGGCUGUAAAUCAACCAAUUUCAAUCCUCAAGAAAAACUCAAAACCCAAAGCAUUUCUGCCUCAGAUUAAGAACAAAGUACAUAUUCUGCAUAAAUACGCAUCAGAAAACCAAUACAAACCAGUUGAAAAUGGUUGCCAAAGCAUAAACUGUGAGACAAAAUAUUUAAGAGCACUUGAUUAUAAAAAUAUUCCCCCCCCUCCGUGAGUGAGUGAACAAAACCAUUAGAAAAAUCGCUAUUUUUUUGCCCAAAAACCCACCCUCCAUGAGUGAACAAAAAUGUUUUAUGGAAAAAAAAUUUUAUAUAUAAGUGAUAAUUAGUAAUGAAGUCUAGAGCUAAUUCUGUUUAAUUUUAAACGAAUUGCUUUUUAAAACAUAAAUUUUAUAAAUUAAAUUAAUAUUUGCUUUCCAAAUUUUUGCGAAUUAGGAUUUUUUUAAAUUUCUAAAAAAAAUAAUUUUUAUAAAAUUAUAUAUAAAUUUUUAAAAAAAAAAAAAUUAAUCCCCUCCGUGAGUGAACAAAAUUUUUUGUUCACUCACGGAGGGGGGGAGUAAGCAUCUUCAAGCUUAUUUAGAAGUUUCCCAUAAAAGAAAUAAUGUUAAGCCUGAUAAAACUGCCAGCAAUAACACUAUAUCUUUGCAUGCUUCUGAGAAAUCUAAGGAUCCAUUAAGUGUAUCGAAAAAUGAAGACAACAGUCAGAAUGAAGAUUUACUUAUGGAGUUAGUAUAA